AUACAGGUACCUACUCAGAAAUAGGCAAGUAGUCAAGUGCGUAACUUGCUCCUCAGUUAGGCCAUAGACAAGAAAUAAAAAAGAAAUUGACUUAAGUUUGUUCUUUAACCAUGUUCAUAUUCCAUUAAAUCCGUCGCAGCAUGUCUGAAAAACACCUCAGCGAGAGCGAGAGUGAGGGGGAAGAGGAUGAGCCAUGUCCAGUUUGUCGUGACUUCGACCCCGAUUUGGCACCUCGUGUGCCCAAACCCAACCAGACAAUUUUCUCACCCGACCCUUUCGGGUUCACCUUAGGAGAGAAAUUGCCAGAUCCAGAUCACCCUCUCUCCCAUCCCGUGAAUGAAGAUGGAGUUGAAGUCCCAGCAGAUGAAGAGUCUACUCGGGAUCCUCUCCUCUACGAAAUAGAUAAACCAUUGUCGGAAGUUUGGGACCAAGCACGGCAAGGUUGUAAGACAUGUCAGCUUCUCUUCAUGGCACUUUUCUUUUCAUGGAGGACCAGCGACGCGAUUGAGCCCGAGAAGCGCUCCGAGAAAGCGUUCAAGGAAGCCGUACCAUCACUUUACCUCCACGCCAUGCUGUCGCCUGGAAGAAAGGUACUUGUUAAUGUCACGACGCGAAGCGGGGGACCAAGAUCUAUCUCUCGUGCUGUACUCAAUUACGAACUUUUCGCGUUGGCAAACAAACCGAACCCUUGGGAAAUCAUCGGCCGACUUGAAAAUUCGCCGGUAAACGUUUUGAACGAUCAUUAUCGUGAUUUCGUGCAACGGUGGAUCUCCCAAUGUUCAGAAGAACAUCCAUAUUGCGGGGGAGUCAUCCCAGCAGCAAUGCCGAAGAGGCUUCUGAAUGUAGAUUCUAGGCAUGGCGAUGUCAUUUUCUUGGAAGAGAAUGUCCCGGGACUAUCUCCGUAUAUCGCAUUGAGUCAUCUCUGGAAGUUUUCCCAGCCACUCAAGAUGACUCAAGAUAGGCUGAACCGGUUGGGAACCACCAUUCAUCUCGAUGAGCUUUCACCCACACUACAUGAUGCCGUCCAGAUAGCAAGGUGGCUAGAUGUCGAAUAUCUAUGGGUUGACUCACUUUGCAUCAUCCAAGAUGACAAAGAGGACAAGGAAGAACAAUCGGUUCAGAUGGGCAACAUCUACAGACAGUCCUACUGCACCAUAGCAGCCCAUGUCGAUACCAACAACCCAUCCCCAACCCACGGAUGUUUCCUCGAGCGCAAGCACUUCCGCGAAAUUUCCCACCAAGAUGACUCCGGCCAGACCUGUACCACCCUGGUGCGAGGAGACUUCACCCACGAAGACGAACCCAUAGCCCCAGUCGCCCUAGCAGGACGAGGGUGGUGUUAUCAAGAACGACUUCUGGCCUCCAGAAUCAUCCAUUUCCGCCCCGGCGAGAUCACCUUCGAGUGCUUCGCCGGCACGAAAUGCGAAUGCGACGAGCUACUGCCUCACCGCGGCCUUCCUCUGACGAGAACCCCUUACAAGUCCUUCAAAGAAGCGUUCGCGGAAUACGCGACAAUAGUAGAACCGUACGAAGGCUCCCCAUCAGAUAUCCUCAAUGGCUUAAACGGCGGCAAUGCCUGGCUAGCGUGGCGCGAUAUGGUGUCGGAUUACGCGAUGACUGAUUUCACAUUCAAGACGGAUCGGCUGCCCGCACUUGCUGGCGUAGCAAGUCGGAUGCCUAAGCAAGCAUUCGGCAGCUACAUGGCCGGGCUUUGGACAGGCGAGCUCGUAAGCGAGCUUUUAUGGCGCCGCUCUGGCAACGCCAAACGUUUCCGCGACAAGCCCUACGUUGCGCCUACAUUUGCCUGGGCGUCCGGAUCGGGGUCGAUUACAUGGUGGAAUCCGUGCAAGCGACCCGGAGAGCCUGGUCUCCUGGCCGUCGCAAAAGUGCUCGAUAUAAACUGCGAGCUUGCGAGCUUAGAACCUUUCGGCCAGGUCCGAGAUGGAUCGCUCCUGUUAUCUGGGAGGGUUGCGCCGGUUAAACUACACAUCCCCUUCUUACAGCGAAUUUCCUGGAUCCUCAAACUAUCCCCGCGAAUGCGUGGAGUUGACUGGUUAUCUAAAGCGACGGAGAUAACUCGACGGAUUUGCUACAAACUGCGUCUAUUCGCACGAAGACUAGACGGUUACCGAGUACUACAUCCAGCGCGAGACUUCAUCCGGUAUUUGGCAGAGAAGCUCAACGGCCACGAAAACGAUACUUCAGCUCGAAUAGUGCAACUUAUAAGGAAAAACAGGUCUUUCGGCGACUUCGACAGGUGGGACGGCUUAGCAAUUCCGGAUACCGAAGAUGACUCUCCGAGGCUGGUAUUGGAAAAUCUCAUCGCCAUUGAGCUCGCCGCCUGGACACCAGACCUCUCGAAUAUAGAAAACGAUGAAGGGCGUGUUGAGGUUGGUGGAUUGCUACUAGCGCCCUCGAAAAGAAGAAAGGGUGCGUACGAUCGCGUAGCCCAAAUCCAAUUCUGGAAGGAUAUUAAGGGCGAUAAGCGAAUACGGUCUGAAGACGGCUACGAAGCGAAUCUAAGGAGAUUGAAUGAUUGUUUUGACGGAUGCGAAGAGAGGGAGGUCAUGAUAGUAUGAAAAUAUGAUGAUGUAUUUAACGAAAAGGAAGACUAUGGGGAUAAGUACAAAAGAUCAGAUAACUACCUAGUAGUACCUAUUUACUUACUAGGCAGGUAGGCACCUAUGAAUAUAUGUAUCUAGUGUAUAUAUGUCUACUAUGCGAUCGCCAUAGUGAACGUUACCUUGUACAUAUCAUAGUGCAUUUUCAUCGCCAAUCAACUGUUGAGAA